AUGCCCUCACAGGAGAUAGGCAAUACUACCGUCGCGUCCGUACCUGACGUGGAUGAUGAAAGUGAUGGUCAACCACUUUCAGUUGAUCAUCUUGAAGGUAAUGGUAUUACUAAGAAUGAUGUUCAGAAACUUAAACUUGCUGGUCUUUGUACUAUUGAAAGUGUAGCUUACACAUCCAAAAAGACUUUGAUGACCAUCAAAGGUAUUAGCGAAGCAAAGGCUGAUAAGUUAUCUAUGGAAGCAGCAAAGAUAGUACCUCUUGGGUUUACUACAGCCACUGAGUUUCAUCAUCGUCGAUCUGAAUUAAUAUGUCUUACUACAGGCUCCAAGCAAUUGGAUACACUUUUAGGUGGUGGUAUUGAAACCGGUUCUAUUACAGAAUUGUUUGGUGAAUUCAGAACUGGUAAAUCACAAUUAUGUCAUACAUUGGCUGUGACUUGUCAAUUACCUAUAGAUAUGGGAGGAGGUGAAGGUAAAUGUUUAUAUAUUGAUACUGAAGGUACCUUCCGUCCCACGCGUCUUGUACUGAUAGCUCAAAGGUAUGGUAUGAAUCCAGAUGAUUGUUUGGACAAUGUGGCAUAUGCAAGAGCCUAUAACACUGAACAUCAAUAUAAUUUGCUUACACAAGCAGCACAAAUGAUGAGUGAAUCUAGAUUUUCACUUUUAGUUGUUGAUUCUAUCAUGAGUUUAUAUCGUACUGAUUUUGCUGGUCGUGGAGAACUUUCAAAUAGACAAACUCAAGUAGCAAAGUUUAUGAGGUUGUUACAAAGAUUGGCUGAUGAAUUUGGUAUUGCUGUGGUUAUCACCAACCAAGUAGUUGCUCAAGUUGAUGGGAUGGCUUCAAUGUAUAAUCCAGACCCAAAGAAACCGAUAGGAGGGAACAUCAUUGCCCAUGCAUCAACCACAAGAUUAUCAUUAAAGAAAGGUCGUGGGCAAAACAGAAUCUGUAAGAUAUAUGAUAGUCCUUGCUUACCAGAAGCAGAUUGUCAAUUUGCUAUUUAUGAAGAUGGAAUUGGUGAUCCAAGAGAUGAAGAUAAUGAGUAA